AUGUGCAUCAUGCGAACCUACGAAACCCGCGGCCCCGGCGUCCUCGACCCGCCACCGCGCCGGGGAAACUACACCUCGCACCCGCCCGCCGGCGUGAUGCGCCUGCCGCGCGAAUGGCGGCGCUCGGCCUCGUACAGCGACGAGGGGCGGUAUGUGGUGGAGCACCACCACCGACGGUCGCAGCCACUUGCUGUCGAGUACUAUGAGGAGCCGCGGGCGAGUAGGCGUAGCGUGAGUCGCUCGAGGCGGGUGAGCGAUGUGCGGAGGAGUGAUGUGCGGAGAAGCGACUUGGAGUUUCGCGAGCCGAGGCGGAGUACGGGGCAUGUUGAUGAGAGGGUGGUGAGGAGGGAGGUUAGCCGGACGCGGUACUGA